AUGCCUGUUCAAGAAACCGCCACCGAGGUGCUGCUUACACAUCCUGCUAACAAGGACACGUCCGUGUCCAUUUUGAAGUACGGGGCCACCGUGCUCUCCUGGAAGUUGAACGGCGAGGAACAACUGUGGUUGUCCACUGCUGCGAAAGUGGACGGGUCCAAACCUGUCAGGGGUGGGAUUCCUCUUGUGUUUCCCGUGUUUGGCAAGAACGAGCACGACGAAUUGCUCAGCAAGCUCCCACAGCAUGGGUUGGCCAGAAACUCCACUUGGGAGUUUUUGGGCCAAGUCAAGGAUUCUCCACCAACGGUGCAAUUCGGACUCAACGAGAAAUUGGCUAACCCAGAGUUGCACGCCCUGUGGAAGGAACGGUUCAACUUGAUCCUGACCGUCGAACUGGGUGACGAUUUCCUAAAGACCGCCAUCGAGGUCGAGAACCCUUCCACCGCAAGGGAACUCCAAUUCAACUGGCUGUUCCACACCUACUUGCGUAUCCCAGACAUUGACGGUACCAUGGUUUCGAACCUUGUCGGCACCAAGAUGUACGACAGUCUUUUGAAGGAGACGAUGGUUGACAAGCACCCGGUCGUCACCUUCCACGAGGAGUUCGACUCCGUGUACCAGAACGUCGCACCAGACCGUGUCGUGCAAGUGGUCAACCAGGGGAAACCAUUGCACACAGUCAAGAGGGUCAACCUCCCAGACACGGUUGUUUGGAACCCAUGGGUCGAGAAGGCCGCCGGGAUGGCUGACUUCGAACCAAAGACUGGGUACAAACAGAUGGUCUGUAUUGAACCAGGUCAUGUCCACGAACUAGUGCACUUGGCGCCAGGUGAAAAAUGGGCUGCCGCUCAGAUCUUAUCCAAGGACGCACUCAACUACCAAGCCAUUUGA